AUGAGAGUAUUAGGCUAUUUAUUAGUUAUUUUAUCAUUCAUUUCAGCUAUCAACGCUCAAGGAUCAUUAGCUCAAUGUUCUUAUAAAAAUACCAAUUAUUCAUCACUUGCAAACACUGCUUCAUAUUCAGCAACCGAUUCAGCUGGCCAAUAUACCUAUUAUUGGAAUAUUUGUAGCAGAGCAUCAAAAUGUAAUACACUUAAUACUGGUAAUACUGUUGCUUGUCAAGUUAAAGGUACCAGUAAUCCAACCCCUAUUGGUAUGAUUGGUCAAGGUCAAUUCAGUGAUAGUACUCAAGCAGGUUAUGCUACCCUUUUAAAUUACAAAUCCAGUAACAACCCAUGCAGUGGUGGUAUUAUCAGACAAAUGGAUAUCUACAUUAAUUGUCUUAAAGCAGGUGGCACACAAAAGAUUUCUCAAGUUACUGAAGAAUCAAAAUGUAAAUAUGGUGUAUCCAUGGAUGUUGUUUGUGGUGGCGAUAAUAGUGGUAGUGGUGAUAACAGUGGUAGUCACGGUGGUAGUGGUGAAAAGAAAAAAGGUGGAAUUGGUGGUGGUUGGAUUUUCAUCAUCAUCUUAGUUUCAGUUGCUACUCUUUACAUUAUUGGUGGUGUUAUCUUCAAUGCCAAGGUUAAAGGUCUUCGUGGUUCCGAAAUGUUCCCAAAUAAAGAAUUAUGGGGUAAUUUUGGUGAUUUAAUUAAAGACGGUGUCUUCUUUAUCAAAGGUAAAGUCACUGGUUCACCAUCUGGAUAUCAACAAGUCUAA